AAAUUCCCCCAGGAAGAAGAAAUUCCAGGCUGCUGCCAUUCCGACGAUGCGCCGCGCCGCCGUCGCCGUCACCGCCGCGCUCCUCCUCCUCCUCGUCGCCGGCGCAGCCGCGGGGUCCCCCGGCGCGGAGCCCACCUGCCCGCGGGGGCCCGGCCCGACGUUCCUCGACGCGCUCGGAUCGCGCUGCCCCCGCGCCGCCCGGAUCGUGCCCUCCCGGCCCCUCGAGGUGAGAGGAGAUGCUGUUGAUAAAGAGUUGAACCUUCGCUGUACUGGUGCCUCAUGUUCCAUUCUCUUCUAUGCCGCAUGGUGUCCUUUCUCGAGCAAAUUUCGACCAAUAUUUGAAGCUCUCAGCACCAUGUUCCCUCAGAUACAUCACUUUGUUGUCGAAGAAUCUUCUGCGACGCCUAGCUUGUUUUCAAGAUAUGGUGUCCGUGGCUUCCCAGCCAUUCUUCUGGCAAAUGAGACUACAAUGGUUCGUUACAGGGGUACAAAAGAUCUGAAGUCUCUGGUUCAGUUCUAUCGAGAGACUACAGGCCUCGAUCCAGUUACAUAUAUUGAUGUUGAUCAGCAAGAGAGCGCUGGAAGCUUAGGAUCAGUCAUGCCAGGAGGCCGGUCUCUGCGCAAAAUGGCGGAAGACGAGCCCUUUGUGUUUCUUGGAGCGCUUUUUAUAAUCAUGAAGGUCGCGGCACACUUCGUACCCACUGUCAUCUCUCAACUCAGAGCCUUCUUGAUCGUGCGUGUUCAGAACUUGAACUUAAGAAUUCGUAGGGGAUCAAGCCAACUUAUGGAACGGGCUUUGACUGUGCUUGAUGUUAAGAGGCUUUGGAGCAAGCUUAGACUGAGCAGUAAGACAAGGGACCUAAGUAAAGGGGCGAGUAAUGCUCGAGCUUGGGCUUCGUCAUUUGCGUCCGUCUCACUGGGUGAACCAUCCUCCUUACGGCAUGCCUAGCCUUCUUUGCGAUGCUGGUCGAUAGUCUAGCUGCUGAUAUAUGGCCCAAAAUUGUUUGGUCUUGCUUCCCCAUCCUGCUAUGUAUGUGCAUCCACGCAUGCGGGGACCCAGGAAUGUAAAUUUUCAGGAUAUCAUCUUGUUGUAUAUAGGAACGCGUUUUCGCUUUGCUGACGCGAUAGCUGAUCUCUGAUCUUUGUGUCAAUUAACUCUUCGAUGUAUGCUGAGGAUCUGAGCAUUUUCUUUGAUGUCUUUCGGUUAAUGUUAGAAUUUGGCUUCACUAUGCCACCCUUCUC